AUGGGUGUCGUCGCCGUAGCCGGAGGAACCGGUGGAGUCGGAAAGACCGUCGUCGAACAGCUGAUUCUCAGUGGGAAGCAUGAGAUCUUUAUCCUCGGCCGCACUGAACCCGCCGAGCAAGCUCGGGAUGGCCCCAAGUUCAUCAGUGUGGACUACACCAACGUCGCGUCCCUCGCCGAGACCCUCGAGUCUCACAACGUCGACACCGUCAUCAGCACCAUCACGCUCAACGAGGACACCGAGAAGGCGCAGCUCAACCUGAUCGAGGCGGCCAAGCGGUCCGACAAGACGAAACGCUUCAUCCCGAGCGAGUUCGGGAGCGUGAACACGCCAGAAUUCGCCAAGGUCGAGUCGUUUGCCGAGCCAUGGGUUCGCGCCGCCGACGCCCUCAAGGCUUCCGGGUUGGAGUACACCCGGUUCGUCAACGGCUUCUUCAUGGACUACUGGGGCAUGCCUCACAUCAAGACGCACAUGCCGGCCUUCAAUUUCGCCUUCGACAUAGAGAAUUGCAAAGCCGUCAUUCCUGGAUCCGGCAACGAGCCCCUGACCCUGACCUAUACUGUAGAUGUCGCCCGCUUCAUCGUCCGGGCCCUCGAGGUCGAGGAUUGGCCCGAGUUCAGCAUCCUCUCCGGCUCCGACCUCACCCUGAACGAGGCCCUGGCCAAGAUCGAGCGCAUCCGAGGCAAGAAAUUCGACGUGGUAUACGACAGCGAGGAGAAGCUCAACAACAACCAGUCAACCAUCUUGUCUGGAUACGGGGGAAUCCCAGACGAGAUGUUCCAGUCACUGAAUAGUGCGUUUGGAAGAACAAUCAUCCAAGGCUACCUCGCCAUGCCGAAGGAGAACAGGAUCAGCGACAAGCACCCUGACAUUCGUCCGCUGACUGUUGAUGAGCUCCUGGCCAAGUCUUGGGGUGCAAAGAGCGCUUAG